AUGAGCAGCGAGGGAACAGAUGGUGUCGGUGUUAUCCGCUGUCCAAUUUGUGGUCAGGAAUGUGCAGAGAGACACAUCAUAGAUAACUUUUUUGUGAAGGAUACCACAGAGGUUCCCAGUAGCACAGUAGAGAAAUCAAAUCAGGUCUGCACAAGCUGUGAAGACAAUGCAGAAGCUAAUGGGUUUUGUGUGGAAUGUGUAGAGUGGUUGUGCAAGACCUGCAUCAGAGCUCACCAGAGGGUUAAAUUCACGAAGGAUCAUACAGUAAGACAAAAAGAGGAAGUUUCUCCAGAGGCAGUUGGUGUGACCAGUCAGCGACCUGUGUUUUGCCCUUACCACAAAAAGGAGCAGUUGAAGUUGUAUUGUGAAACCUGUGACAAGUUGACCUGCCGAGAUUGUCAGUUACUAGAACAUAAAGAACACAGGUACCAGUUUAUAGAAGAAGCUUUUCAGAACCAGAAAGUGAUCAUUGAGACACUAAUCACCAAAUUGAUGGAGAAAACUAAGUACAUAAAAUAUACAGGGAAGCAGAUCCAAAACAGAAUUCUUGAAGUGAAUCAGAAUCAAAAGCAGGUGGAACAGGAUAUUAAAGUUGCCAUAUUUACAUUGAUGGUAGAAAUAAAUAAAAAGGGAAAAGCUCUGCUGCAUCAGUUGGAGACUCUGGCAAAAGAGCAUCGGAUGAAACUUCUGCAUCAACAACAGGAAGUGGCAGGUCUCUCUAAGCAGCUGGAACACGUCAUGAAUUUUUCCAAAUGGGCAGUUUCCAGUGGGAGCAGCACAGCACUACUGUACAGCAAACGCUUGAUUACGUAUCGACUACGGUAUCUUCUCCGAGCAAGGUGUGAUGCUUCACCAGUGACUAACAAUACCAUCCAGUUUCACUGUGAUCCUAGCUUCUGGGCUCAAAAUAUUUUCAAUCUAGGUUCUUUGGUAAUUGAAGAUAAAGAAACCCCACCACAUAUGCCCAAGAGCCCUGUCAUGGAAACAAACUUACAGCCACCAGGUAGCUUACCUUCAAACCAGCUGUCCAAGUUCCCAACGCAGAUAAGCUUAGCUCAGCUCCGACUCCAGCAUAUGCAGCAACAGGUCAUGGCUCAGAGACAGCAAGCUCAACGCAGAGCAGGUCCAGUAGGUUUACCAAAUCCAAGAAUGCCAGGAGCCAUGCAACAACCUCCUGCUUCUCAUCAGGCACCUCCGCGCUUGAUUCAUUUUCAGAAUCAUAGCCCCAAGUCCAAUGGUUCAGCUCUUCCUGCACAACAGAUGAGAUUUCCCCAAAAUCAGAACCUACCAAGACAAGCAAUAAAGCCCAACCCAUUGCAAAUGGCAUUCUUGGCACAGCAAGCUAUAAAACAGUGGCAGAUUGGUAGUGGACAAACUUCAACUCCCCUUUCAACUGCAAGCAGCACAACAUCCACUCCAUCCAGCCCCACAGUCACUAGUGCUGCAGGAUGUGAUGGGAAGACAUAUGGUCCCCCUGUGAUAGAUCUGAGUUCUCCAGUGGGUAGCUCCUACAAUCUACCAUCUCUUCCUGAUAUUGAUUGCCCAGGAAACAUCACGCUGGAUAAUGUUGUAAGGAAGGAUGGCACUGCAGAGCAAAAUCAGCCAAAACCCCCUUCAAACAGAACUGUGCAGUCACCAAAUUCAUCAGUACCAUCACCAGGCCUCUCAGGAGGAGUCAGUGUGACAAACAUACACCCUCCAAUUCGUUCACCCAGUGCCUCCAGUGUUGGGAGCAGAGAGAGUUCUGGCUCCUCCAGCAGACCACCAGGAGCUGAUUCUACACAUAAAGUUCCGGUUGUCAUGUUGGAGCCGAUCAGAAUUAAACAGGAGUCAAGUGCACCAAAUGAGAACUUCGAUUUCCCAGUUGUUACAGUGAAGCAAGAAACAGAUGAGGAAUCCCGUCCUCAGAAUGCCACCUUUUCAAGAAGCAUACUUACUUCUUUGCUGUUAGAUAGCAAUCAUAAUUCUGCUUCUGAUGAAACUGUCGUAAGAACAGAUGCACCGGACAGCACAGAUGAUCAACCAGGGAUACUGCAGGAGAACUCGUCCAGUGGGAAGACAGGAUGGAUGGGCCCUUCCCACAUUGGAGAGGGUAGAAAAGAGGAUGAUCCCAAUGAAGAUUGGUGUGCAGUAUGUCAAAAUGGAGGGGAGCUCCUUUGCUGUGAGAAGUGUCCCAAAGUAUUCCAUCUCUCUUGUCAUGUCCCUACCUUGAUGAGCUUUCCAAG